CUUCAGCUUCAUGCUCAGCGCUAGCGACGUGGUGGUUUCAUUCCAGCUCUUCACAGCGCGCUGCAAGCAUAGCCUUCUAAGAUUGAGUUGGUGCUAGUGAGCUGUCUUCAGCAUCUUGAUCUGCUCUAUUUCAGGGACCGCUAGCGAUAGUAAGGAGCUCCCAUACUCGGGAAAAGGGUGCGGGGGUAAGCGAUACGCCCAGCAGAAUCUGAUUUGCAGAGCUGAGAUUCCCAUAUUAUGGCGUCCACUUCAUGCACCUUUGCUGCCCGCUCUCUGCACCAGGCGCUGCCCUCCUACAGAACACUAGAUCGCGCACAGCGAUGUGACUUCACACCCGGCAUUGCCACAUUGUCACAGGCUACAGCACCUCCUGUGAGAACAAGCCCACUAAGUGCACCGAUCGCCUUUUCUCAACUUAGAGAAGCUUCUUCAUCUGAUCAGAUCAGCAGCUUCGGGCGCCAGGUUAACCCAAAACCGUUUGGGUUUGAGCGGCAGAAACCGCGACAUGCAAGGCAGGUGGUGGUAGCUGCGGCUAAUCCUUUUGCUCAAUUGUUGACCCGGAUUUCAGGCAACACGACAGAGAAAAGAGAGGAAUUAAAAGGAGAGCUUUUAGACUUGAUCAGCGGGCUCGAGAGGGGCGCCGAAGCGUCGGCGGAGGAGAAAGCUGAGGUCGACAAGUUGGCCUCCCGCCUAGAGGCGAUUACCCCCAACCCCAAGUCCCUGUCGACCCCGCUCAUCAGCGGGAAAUGGAAGCUGUUGUACACAACAUCAGAGUCGAUCCUAGGAACAAAGAGACCAAAACUGUUGCGGCCCAACGGUCCUAUCUUCCAGUACAUCGACGCAGAAGCGUUGGCUGCCAAGAACACGGAGACGUGGCCGUUCUUCAACCAGGUGACGGCAAAGCUGACCCCGGAGUCACCCAGUAAAGUGAAGGUGCAGUUCCAAUACUUCAAGAUUUUCGGCCUGGUGUCCGUGAAAGCUCCCGAGUCGGCCCGGGGAUUUCUAGACACGACGUACGUGGACGACGAUCUAAGGAUAUCACGGGGAGACAAAGGAAAUCUGUUCAUCCUCUAACAGACGGACAAUAGUGCCAGGCUAGGAGAGAUUUGAUCGAACGUGCAUUGAAGUCAACCAAGAUCAGAUUCAGGUCACUGUAGAGUAUAAGCAGAGACUAGUGCGUGUUUUUACCAUGCUAAUACCACGUAAUAUGUAUAUUUUCCCAAUUCUUGCCAACAUGUUGCAGUUUAUGUGAGGACGUCCCGCUUGGUGAUACCUGUUCCUAUUGGUUGCAUCGCUGAGUAUCUUACUGAGGUCCCUCAGAGAGUAUCCGGCUGCUCACGUUGAUAGACC